AUGAAGGGUAGAAGAAAGAUUGAAAUGAAAAAGAUGACAAACAAAAGCAACCUCCAAGUGGCCUUCUCGAAGCGACGUAGUGGGGUAUUCAAAAAAGCUAGUGAGCUUUCCACCCUUUGUGACGCUGAGGCUUGUCUUAUCAUCUUCUCACCAAGUGAAAAGGUCUUCUCUUUUGGUCAUCCCAAUGUUGACUCAGUGGUACACCGCUACCUUAUAGAGGUUGCACCACAUGUCACACAGUUCAUGGGAGUGAACCUGCAUGAAUUCAAUGCACAACUCACCAAGUUCACCACCCAACUUGAAACUGAGAAGAAACGUGCUAGUGAGCUGAAACGAUUGCAUAAGGUCGUUCAAACUCAAUGGUGGCGGGCAACUCCUACUAAUGAGAUGACCAUUUUGCAAUUGAACGAGUUUAAGGGGGCAUUACAACAAAUGAAGAUCAACACCACUCGCAAAUCUGAAAUGAUUCUCAUUCAUAAUGCUAUUAACCCCACUUUAUUUUUCGCAAACGAUAACUUUCUAGCCUAGCGCCACCGAUGAAUAAUCAUGGAUUAGUAGAGAUUAUGAAUCAAAUGAAUCACUGUGACUUUACCAACAUGAGAGGGGGGUCAUGUCAUAUGAUUACAAACUUAAUUAGUUGAUCAAUUUGUCUUGA